AUGACUAGCGAACCUACAGAAACGCCUGGGUUGACUCUGCCGCCCGCUCCAACGCCCGCCUGGGAGGUCUUACAGAAUCUCCAGCAGGACCAAGAGAAUCAAGAUAUAGACCAUGAUGAUGCUGAGACUGACGAGGGCUUCGAUGGUCACAGUGAUUCAGACCUGGAUUCAGCCUUGGGAUCCAAUGUCGCGGACUCGACCUAUUCUCUGACCUCGAGUAUUUUUGAGUACCGAACGUUGCAUGGAAGGACCUAUCACUCAGAUAGAGGUACAGCUCAAUACUGGGCAUCGAAUGAUGAUCAGGCUAGUCAAUCUUUGGACCUCGCCUAUCUGGGCCAUGUCGAGGUCGUGGGCACUGAGAUCAGCCCUAUUCAGCCAACCUGGAUGCCAUCAAAUCUACAGCUCGAAAUUGAGGACUGCAAUGAUACCUGGACCUUCCGGCCCGACUCCUUUGACUUCAUCCAUAUGAGAUUUAUGCUGGGAAGUAUCACAGACUGGACAGCGACCUUUCGAGAAGCUUUCACAGCUUGUGUUCCGGGCGGCUGGGUCGAAAGCUACGAAGUUUCAUCCACCAUGGAGAGUGAUGAUAAUUCUAUUCCAGAUGGAAGCGCUAUGAAACGUUGGGGUGAAGUAUUCGAAGAAGGCGGCCAACGCGCAGGAAGAAGCUUUGCCAUAAUUCGGGAAGAUGUACAGAGGAAGUCGAUGGAAGAAGCAGGGUUUGCCAAUAUCCACGUCGUGGACCUCAAGGCACCAGUUGGAGGCUGGCACACAGAAGAACGACUCAAGCAAGUUGGACAUUAUAUGCAAGCAGCUCUGGAGAGAGACUAUGAAGGCUAUCUCUUGUUCCUGGCGUGCGAGCUUUUGGGAUGGACCGAGGAACAGGUUAGAGCUCUGUGCACCCAGCUCCGACGAGAGAUCCGAUCGGGUCAACAUCAUCCGUAUUUCAGACAAAGAAUUGUUUACGGUCAGAAGCCUGAGGUUUAA